AUGACCCCUCCAAAAACCCCAGCCUACAUCACGCGCACCCAAAACUGGGACCCAGCCCGCGAGCACCCCGCCCUGGCCUGGAUGGAAAAAUGCACGCACGCCUGGGACACGCGGCAGAGCUGGACAACGCCCUACACCGACUGGGUAACCACAGACUUCGUAUUCGUCAAACCCAACGGCGAGCGAUGCACGGGCGGGCUGCCCGCGUGGGAGGCGAUGCGGCAGGAGUACGCGGCGUUUGCGGGAUCGCACCACGAGCCCAGCUGGGUGUGCGUGGUGGACUGUGAGGACGAAGGCGGUGGAUGGGAGUUUGUCGGCGAGGGGACCUUGUUUAUCGAGUUGCCCGACGGGAAACGCCCUGCUGACCGAAAGGUGCGGGAUUUGGAUGGGCGGGAGUGGGAUCUGGCGGUGGAGAGCAUGUUUCGGUUUCGGUUUGUGAGGACGCCAAGUACGGUAAAUGAGGGGAUUCGGAUUCAGAGGUUCCAGUUUUAUAGCGAUAGUGGACCGGUGGUGGCGGAGAUGUUGCGGAGGGAGAUUGUGAGGCCGGAGGAUUUGUUUGGGUAG